UGUUGUGGUGCUAUUAAAUAAAGAAAGCAUGAAGUCAGCAGAACGUGACAAUUCACAUGAAAAUUAGUUCAGGGACUAAAGAUGCAAAUAUUUGCACCUUUUAUGUCCAGACAGAUAUCCUAGCAACAGGUGUUGCCAAAACUAAUGAUGGGCUUGCAAAACUUCAGUAUGACGUUCAUAGGUUAAAUCAUAAUAUAAUAAAUGUUUUAUUUAGCCUGUUUUUAUCUUGAUUUAUUCUGAAAACGUUGUUAAGUGACUAAGACCAAUGAUUGUUCCUUGACAAACAUGAGUUGAAGAGGUGUAUAAGUAUCACAGAACACUUGUUAAUCAGUCCAGACCAGUGUAACUCUUGUUACAAGCAGUAUACUGACACGUCUGGGCUGUUGAAACACAUUAAAAUGCGCCAGAUAACACUACUGGUUGCGGUUUUUCUUCUCGGCACAUUGAUGAUCCAUACUCUUGCCGAAGAGAAGGUAGAGGAGGGUUCCUGUGCCAAACAGUUCAACAACAAUCAGAACAUCACUGUGGUGGCCGCACCCGGACCUGUUGGACCGAAAGGGGACGUGGGACCCCGAGGCCACAGCGGAACGCCGGGUGAGAAGGGCGUGAGUGGUGCACCGGGUAAGCUGGGUCCGGUCGGACUGAGAGGUGAGAAGGGAGAGAAAGGUGAACAGGGACCAGCAGGUGAGAAGGGAGCACCUGGUACCAGCCCACCUGCUUCACCUGUUGUGACAUUUUCCGUGGUGAGAACGACCAGCCUCCUGAAGCCUUCGUCCUCCACAGUUAUGAUGUACGACACCAUCCUUAGCAAUGUGGGCGGAGCGUACAAGCAGGAGACAGGGAAGUUUGUGGCUACAGUCGGAGGCAUCUACUUCUUCACGUUUACUGGUAUGACACCGUAUGCACCUCACACCAACUAUUUCAUCCUUCUUAUGAAGAAUGGAUCCAAGAUGGUUGGUCUGCACGAGAACAACGGCCCGCAAUCCCAGCACCAGUCUGCCAGUAACAGUGCCAUCCUGCAGCUGCAGCCUGGGGACGAGGUUUGGGUGGAGCUGCAGACUACAGAUCGCAGUUUGUACAGUGAUAGUAACAGGUUCCUCACAUUUAGUGGAUUUCUUAUCCACUCAGGCUGAUUCAAACAGCUAAGUCAGGUUUAGAAGGCACCAAUGAGAACCAAUUCCGAGCCUAAAUUUACUUCCAUCGUAGUGAUAGAAUAAUCGCAUUACAUAGUACAGGUCCAAUGUUAGCCUCUGGUUGUGUCUAGCUGUUGUGUAGUUAUAGAUGAUAUCAGGUCUGUUUCCUACCAUUCAGGAUCAGUCA